AUGGCAUCACCACAAGAUAUCGCUGGAGCCAGUGGCCUUUCAAGAAUGGUCUCCAAUAGCCUGAGCCUUUCUCCUACAGCAACCUUUCAUUCUCCCCCAUCAAGCUUCGGGCCCGGCUCGAUUUCGAGAGCGGCCGCAAGAACCAAUGCAAAGCAAUUGAAGCCAUUCGAUACUCAAGAUAUCAAGAUUUUACUCUUGGAAAAUGUCAAUCAAAGUGGAAAAGAUAUCCUUUCUGAACAAGGAUACCAAGUUGAAUCCCUGAAGACUUCUUUACCAGAGGCUGAAUUGAUUGAAAAGAUUCGAGAUGUCCAUGUCAUUGGAAUUAGAUCAAAAACUAAGCUCAGCGAGAAAGUCCUUCGUGAAGCCAAGAACUUGAUCGUGGUGGGAUGUUUCUGUAUUGGCACAAAUCAAGUCGACCUUGAAUAUGCUGCCGCACAUGGUAUUGCAGUAUUCAACUCCCCUUUUGCCAACUCCCGAAGUGUAGCAGAAUUGGUCAUUGCAGAGAUCAUAGUUCUUGCCCGUCAACUCGGUGACAGAUCGAAUGAAUUACACAAUGGAACCUGGAAUAAAGUUAGCAACAAAUGCUGGGAAAUUCGUGGAAAAACUCUCGGUAUAAUUGGUUACGGUCACAUUGGUUCACAAUUGUCUGUUCUUGCCGAAGCCAUGGGCAUGUCGGUAAUCUACUACGAUGUCGUCAAUCUCAUGGCAUUGGGUACUGCUAAACAGGUUCCUACCUUGAACGAAUUACUCAAUACCGCGGACUUUAUUACAUGCCAUGUUCCAGAACUUCCAGAAACUAAGAAUCUUAUUGGCAGAGCACAAUUCGAUCAAAUGAAGGAUGGCAGCUAUCUUAUCAACGCAUCCCGCGGUAGCGUGAUUGAUAUUCCAGCUCUUAUUGAAGCCUCAAGAAGUGGAAAGAUCGCCGGUGCAGCUUUGGAUGUAUAUCCAAGUGAACCAGGCGGAAAUGGUCCUUACUUUACAAAUAGCUUAAAUCCUUGGGCAGAGGAUCUUCGUAGUCUCAGCAACAUCAUUCUCAGCCCCCAUAUUGGUGGUAGUACCGAGGAAGCUCAGCGUGCUAUUGGUGUUGAAGUUGGCGAGGCCCUUGUCAGAUAUGUGAACUCUGGUGUCACUCUUGGAGCUGUGAACUUACCAGAGGUCAAUCUUCGUUCUCUUACAUUGGACGAGUCCAACCAUGCAAGAGUCAUCUACAUCCAUCACAACAUUCCUGGUGUAUUGAGAAAGGUUAACGAAAUUCUCGGCGAUCACAAUGUAGACAAACAAAUCACUGAUAACAAAGGCGAUGUCGCAUAUCUCAUGGCUGAUAUUAGCAAUGUACAAACUAGCGAUCUGAAGGAGAUUGCUGAUAGCUUAGAAGCUUUGAGCUCACGUAUUCUCACCCGUGUACUUUAUUAA